AUGCGCGUGCUGCGCGCUCUGCUGCUCGCGCACUUCGCGUGGCGCGUGGGCCCGUCGCGCGCACCGGGCGAGUACUGCCACGGCUGGCUGGACGGCAGCGGGAACUACCACGAGGGCUUCCAGUGCCCGGAGGACUUCGACACCGCGGACGGCACCGUGUGCUGCGGCUCCUGUGCGCUCCGGUACUGCUGCGCGGCGCCGCGAGCCAGGCUCGACCAGGGCAGCUGCAGCAACGACCGAGAGCUGGAGGGCGGCGCGCACGCAGCGCAGCCCAUCUAUGUGCCCUUCCUGCUGGUCGGCUCCAUCUUCGUGGCUUUUGUGCUGCUCGGCACCCUGGUGGCCGUGUACUGCUACUCGUACCUGCGGCCGAGCCAGCCGGCCAGGUGCUGCUCCCCGCGUGGCAGCCGCACAGAGACCAUCGGCAUGAUUCCGAGGGCGGCUCCGCUGCACCAGCGCCCCCUGUCCUGCCAGUCCAGCAGCACCACCACCGCUUCCAGCUGUGUCGGCGGGGGGGGCUCCAGCUGUAACCUCUCCCUGCCGCCCGUGGGCCUUUUCCCUCAUGCUGCCCAGCUCCAAAGUGCCCCUCUGCAGAUUGCCUUUAGCACCCCAGCGGGCAGCCAGGGAAGCCUUGCCAACCCCAGGGCCCAACGCCACCCGCCGCUCCACUUGGCACAGGGAGCGGCCUUCUUGGUGCCCCAGUCCUGCUUCCCCCCGCCCCCGUGCCCCGAGUCCUGUCAUGCGGGAAGGGUGUUUGGAGACUUCGGUCACACCUGACCACGUGGCUGCAAACUUUGCCGCACCAUGCCUCCAGGAGAGGUCCAAGUCGCUCCCUUUUAGGUGGAGCAGCGGCUGAAGAUGGAAGAUGAGAGCGCCGCCUGCUGGUUAGGUGGAGUUUGCCCACUUUGACAACGAGACUCAGGGCAUGCUGGGAGGUGAGCCGGCAGAGCACCUGUCUAGAAACA